UGGCAACCGCGUUCGACUUGUUCUAGAACGCCCGCCGUUCCUUAUGAUUUCACAAUGUUCGGACCAUUCUCGCUGCUCUUUCUGCACUGGAACAAUGGGGGACCCAACGUAAGCCAGUGCAUUUCAGUCCCCGAGCGCUAAGAUUUUUGACUUAAAGACCGAGUAGAAUUAGAAUCCCCCUUGAACACUUAACUUAAGACAAGGAAGAAACAGUUGCUAAGACAAUGCCCAAUACGGCUCGGCCCGCGGCAGCGUCGCGUCUUGCGCUAAAAGAGACGGAGGAGGAGGAACUGAGCAGGCGAGGGUAUCAUCUGGAGCUGCACAUCGGGGAGGGGUCGUACGCCAAGGUCAAGUCGGCUACUUCAGACAGACUCCACGGCAAGGUGGCCAUCAAGAUCAUCCACAAGUCCCUUGCGCCUCAAGACUUCCGGGAGAAGUUCCUUCCGCGCGAGCUCAGCGUCUUGACGAAGGUGGACCAUCCUCACGUGAUCAAGGUACACGAGAUCAUGGAGCUGGGGUCCAGGGUCUAUAUCGUGAUGGACUAUGCCGGACACGGAGAUCUGUUGGAGUACAUACAGCUGCACGGGGCGCUGUCGGAGAGCAAGGUCCGAGUGAUGUUCCGGCAGUUACUGACGGGGGUUCAGUACCUGCACAGCAGGGGCAUCGUGCACCGCGACCUCAAGUGUGAAAACGUCUUGUUGGACUCCAAGAACAACAUUAAGCUUUCAGAUUUCGGCUUCGCCCGAGAGUUCAGACAGGGCGAACUGAGCAGGACGUUUUGUGGCAGCGCCGCCUAUGCAGCCCCGGAAGUACUGCAGGGCAUUCCGUACCUUGCCGAACUUUACGACGUGUGGAGUUUGGGAGUUAUUCUGUACAUCAUGGCGUGUGGCUCCAUGCCUUUCGACGACUCGAACAUCAAAAAAAUGAUCAAGAUUCAGCUUGAGAAGAAGUAUGGCUUUCCUAGGUCAAGGAAGGUCAACCAGGACUGCAAGGACCUGAUUAACCAGAUCCUAACGCCAAACGUCACAGAACGGCCGACCAUCGAACAAUUGCUGCAGCACACUUUCUUGGCACAAGGUGGCGCUUCUUCUAGCAGCGACCAGGUUGCAUCGGACAACGCCCUUCCCCAAGUGGGUACUUUCUGUACUUCGUCUGUAUCUACCUCCUCUGGUGUCUGUUAA